CAUCCCAGUCAUCCUAGGUACCCCUGUCAUUUUAGUCAUUCCAGUUAUCCCACCCAUCCUAGUCGUCUUAGUCAAAGAAGUUACCACUGUCAUGUCUGUUACCCUAGUCAUCCCAAUCUCUGAAGUCAUUGUAGUUGCCAGUCAUCUCAGUUAUCCUAUUCAACUCAGUCAUCGUAGUCGCCAAGUCAACCCAGUCAUACCAGUCACCCUAGUCAUCCUAGUGAUCUCUGUCAUUCUAGGCAUCCCUGUUAUCCCAUUCAUCUUUGUCAACCCAGUAAUUCAAAUCUUCCUUUUCAUCUCAAUCAUCCCUUUCACCCCUUACCCACCACAGUAAACCAAGAAGUCAUCCUAUUCAUCCAAGUCAGCCAGUUGUCCUAAUCAUGCCAGUCAUCCUAGUCAUCACAGUCAUCCCAGCCAUCCAAGUCAUCUCAUUAAUAGUCAUCCUAUUCAUCUUAAUCAUGCAAGUCAUUCCAGUCAUCCAAAUCAUCCCAGUCAUCCCAGUCACCCAUGUUAUUCCAGUCAUCCUGGAGACCCUAGACACCCAAGUCAUCUUAGUGUCCCACUCAUUCCCUUCAUCCCAGUCAUCUUAAUCACCCCAGGGAUGCCAGUCAUCCUAGUUAUUCCCUUUAUCCUUGUCAUCCUAGCUAUCCUAGUCAUACCCAGUCAUUCCAGGCAUCUGAAUCGUUUCAGUCUUGCAGCCAUCCUAGACAACCUAUUCAUCCCAGUCAUAUCAGACACCCUUGUCAUCCCAGUCAUCCUCUCAUCAUAGUUCUUCUAGUCAUCGCAGUCAUCCUGGUUAUCUCAGUUAUCCCAGUCACUAUAUUCAUCCAAGUCAUCCUAGUAUCCCAUUCAUUCCAUUCAUCCUAGUCAUCACUGUCACCCCACUGAUCCAUGGCCAGUCAUCCUAGUCAACCUAUUCAUCCCAGUCAUAUCAGUCACCCUUGACAUCCCAGUUAUCCUCUCAUCAUAGUUCUUCUAGUCAUCCUGGUUAUCUCAGUUAUCCCAGUCACUCUAUUCAUCCAAGUGAUCCUUGUAUCCCAUUCACUCUAUUCAUCCUAGUCAUCUUAGUCACCCCAGUGAUCCAUGGCCAGUCAUCAUAGUCAUCCUAGUCAUCCUAGUCAUCCCAGACACCCUUAUCAUCUCAGUUUUUCUAGUUAUCCCUGUUAUCACAGUCAUCCCAGUCACCUAGCUAAGUCAUCCUAAUCAUCCAAGUCACUUCGUCAUCCUUCUCAUCCCAGUUAUCCCAGUCAAACCAGUCAUCCUAGUCAUCCCAGUAAUCCUACUCUUCCCAGUCAUCCCAGUUAUCCCAGCCAUCCCAGUCACUCCAGUUACUCAAGUCAUCCAAGUAGUUCCAGUCACCCUCCUUAACCUCACGGUUCGCAUGCACCUAAAAGUCCUUGAAAAUUGCAGUCAGUGCUGGAAAGUCCUUGCAUUCCAGUGCUAAUUUUAUCCAACCCUGAUUCUCAAGUGCCUAAAAGGAGGAAACACAGAAAGACCUUCAGGAUGAAGAUUAAAAUUGCAGUCAUGUUGUCGAAGAACUAAAAAAAAGUUAACUCAAGUCUCUGAUUGGAAUCCUUGAAGAAUGAGAAAUUUGUCCUUGAAAGUCCUUGAAAAAUCUUUGAAUGUUUUGUUAAAAAAAGGGUACAAACCCUGCAACCUUGUUAUUCUGGUUAUUCUUGCUAUCCCUGUCAUCCAAGUCAUCCUCUUGUCGUAAUUCCUCUUGUCAUAAUCAUCCCAGUCAUUUUGGUUAUGUGAGUUAUCCCAGUAACCCUAGUCAUCCAAUUCAUCCUAGUAUCCCACUCAUUCGAGUCACCCUAGUCAUCUCAGUCACCCCAGCUAUCCCAGUCAUCCCAGCCAUGCAAGUCAUUUCAUUAAUAGUCAUCCUGUUCAUCCUAAUCACAUAAGUCAUUCCAGUCAUCCAAAUCAUCCUAGUCAUCCCAGUCAACCCAGUCACCCAUGUUACAUCAUUCCUCUUAGAGAUCCCUGUCAUGCCAGUCAUUCUCUCAUCAUAGUCAUCCCAGUCAUCCCAGUCAUCCUUGUUAUCUUAGUUAUCCCAGUAACCCUAGACACCCAAAUCAUCCUAUUAUGCGACUCAUUCUAUUUAUCCUAGUCAUCCUAGUGAUCCCAGUCAACCCAGUCCUCCCAGUCAUCUUAGUAAUCCUAGUCUUCCUAGGUACAGCUCACUUUCGAAAAGAGUGAUAGCCUUGGACCCAAACUAAGCAAACGUGCGCAUUUAUGGGAUUGUUUGGGGGGACAAGUCAAGCAGUCACUUAUGAUGAGACAUGCAAGUUGAUGUGUUCCUUUGUGCACAAAUAACUUCAGGAACUCCCCUGGUCUGGCAUUUUAUAGAAUACCAAAGGCAAGAUUUAACUGCAGUUAUUUUCUUUUCGUAUCUUUCUUGUCCUACCUAGACUAGCUGCAACUAUAUUGCGGUGCCAGGACACUGGUAAAAAUAUUCUUUAGAAAGUUUAUAAUAAAAUCUUGAAGUCUUGAAUCUUGAAGACGUAAGUGUAUGUGUGCUUCGGAAUGCUAAUUUGAAGUUGAACUCCGAUAGCAAGUGGUGCAUUCAUCUGGUUUUUCUCGAGGUAAAAUCGCCCCAGCCACAUCUUCCUUCAGCUCCACAUUUUUAUGUUUUCUUUCAAUUCCAUCUUCCUUUUUGCUAUUUUGAGCUGUUUUAACCCCAAUGAAACAUUCUACCUUGCUUUCUGCCAUGUUUGUUUACAUUCGCAUCCCCCCAAAUAAUCCCAUAAUUAUGUGCAUGCCUAGUUUGGGUCCCAGUCUAUCACUCUUUUCUGAAGUGAGCCAUUCCAGUCAUCCUAACCAUCCUAGUAAUCCUAGUCAUCACAAUCAUCCCAUUCAUUCUUGCCAUCCUAAUCAUCCCAGUCAUCCAAGUCACCCCUGA